AUGUUUGCUCAGCUCCUUCUUGUUUUGGCUUCACUCAGCCUGAUCCAUGACCUGUCACAUAUAAAAGCUAUUGGAAAAUCUGAGGGAACCCUCCCUUCGGACGUCGUCAUAGAGGCCAUCGUAUCUCUUGUACUGGCGACUAUGGGAGCGUCCAUGAGGACGCCGACGCUGAAGGAAAUAACGUGGGCGAGCGAGAUGAAGACAAGAACGGUGGAGGAGAUGGACACAAGGAUCGGCUUCGUACCGUGGGGUCAGACCACGGCAAAUCCAUGA